AUAGCAGCAGCCACAUGUACAUGAACAAUGAACUAGAUAGAUAGGCGCCCUGUACUGUUUUAGAUGUGUUACAGGGAUUCUUUCUGAGACAAAUAUAGUAAUGGUAGAAGCAAAGAUGGGGGCUUGUUGGAGCAUUACUAAGGAUCAGUUUGAAAACUUGGAAAAGCACACACAAUGGGGAAUCGAAGUGGUGGAGAAAUACAACAAGUUUGUGAAAGAAAGAUCUGAGAUUGAAAUCAGCUAUGCAAAGCAAAUCCGGAAUCUUUCAAAGAAGUAUCAACCCAAGAAGAACUCGGAGGACGAAUACAAGUACACGUCAUGCCGGGCCUUCCUAACGACCUUGAACGAGAUGAACGACUAUGCCGGCCAACACGAGGUCAUCGCAGAGAACCUAUCAUUACAGAUCAUCAGCGAGCUGUCACGAUACACCCAGGAGCUCAAGCAGGAGCGGAAAUCGCAUUUCAACGAUGGUCGCAAGGCGCAGCAACACAUCGAGAACUCGUGGAAACAGCUAGAACAGAGUAAAAGAAGGUUUGAGCGAGACUGCAAGGAAGCAGAAAGGGCACAGCAGUAUUUUGAGAGAAUGGAUGCUGACAUCAAUGUAACAAAGGCCGAUGUGGAAAAGCGAUGUUCCCACAAGGCACGGCAGCAAGCCCAGCUACGACAUCAGAUGGCCGCUGACAGCAAGGCUGAGUAUUCAUCCUUCUUUCAGAGUUUCAACCAGGAGCAGAAUGAACAUUACUACACCCUUAUACCACAUAUAUUCCAGAAAAUCCAGGAGAUGGAGGAGAGGAGGAUAGAGAGACUGGGGGAGUCCAUGAAGACCUUUGCAGAGGUGGAUCGACAGGUCAUCCCCAUCGUGGGCAAAUGUCUAGAUGGGAUGACGAAAGCUGCAGAGUCCAUCGAACCAAAGAGCGACUCUCAGCUGGUAAUAGAAGCAUACAAAUCAGGGUUCGAGCCUCCAGGGGAUGUGGAGUUUGAGGAUUACAGCCAGCCGAUGACACGAACAGUCUCCGAAUCCAGCCUGUCCAACUCCAGAGGGGACAGCAAGCCCGAGAAGUCCAGCAGCAAAAGCAAAGUCAAGCUGUGGCCGUUCAAGAAAAACAAGCUUAUGUCCCUUUUAACAUCCCCACAUCAGCCCCCCCCUCCUCCCCCCGCCUCUGCCUCACCCUCACCCUCUGCUGUUCCCAACGGCCCCCAGUCUCCCAAGCAGCACAAGGAGCCCCUCUCCCAUCGCUUCAACGAGUUCAUGACCUCCAAACCCAAAUUGCACUGCUUCCGGAGCCUAAAGCGCGGGAGUCGUACUUACUGUUAUCACAAAGAGCACAUGAAGAGGACUUUAGGCAAACCCACGUACGCGUAUGAGGCCAGACAAUACGUUCUUUCUCUGAAGCUGAUAACCUUGAACACACAGGUGUGGAGUCUAAUCGAGGGAUCUGGGCCGGAAGAUUUUAGCCACUUGCCCCCAGAACAGCGAAGAAAGAAACUGCAGCAAAAGAUCGAUGACUUUAAUAAGGACAUCCAGAAAGAGAUGGACCAGAGGGAUGCUUUAACAAAAAUGAAGGAUGUCUACAUAAAGAACCCCCAGAUGGGAGAUCCCAACAGCGUGGAUCCUCGGCUAGCGGAGAUCGGGCAGAAUAUAGAGAAGCUGCAGUUCGAGUCUCAGAAAUUCGAGGGGUGGCUUGCUGAGGUAGAAGGAAGGCUGCCUGUGAAGAGUGAGCCUCCCCGGCAACAGAGUGCAUUGUAUGAGACUCAGAACAGCACCCCCGUCAACAACAACUGCGCACAGGACCGGGAGAGCAGCCCUGAUGGCAGUUACACAGAAGAGCAGAGUUCUGAAUCCCAGAUCAAGGUCCCAACCACGGACUUCGAUGACGAGUUUGACGACGAAGAACCACUCCCCACCAUUGGAAACUGCAAAGCUCUCUACCCAUUCGACGGUCACAAUGAAGGAACCCUCUCAGUCACUGAGGGAGAAACGCUGUACGUAAUAGAGGAGGACAAAGGGGACGGCUGGACUCGGGUUCGAAGGAACGAGGAUGAGGAGGGAUACGUGCCCUCGUCGUACCUCGAAGUCUUUUUGGACAAAAAUGGCAAAGAUUCCUAAUUGUGUGGGGCUGGUGCAGGAAUCACAGGGCAAGCUGCUUCUGGAGAAACCCGUCCUCCGUCUAAAACUAAAAUCAGAGACAAAAGAUAAAGGAGACCUGAGCGUGUUGAAUCUAAAUACACCCAAAACAAAUAAAAAGAAUACAACAAAAAACCAAACAGAUCGAAACCAAACUCAAUUUAGGCACCACAGCGUAGGAAUUUGACCCCUUGCUUAUUUUGUGUUGUUUUGUUUUUGCCAGGGCAUGCUUCUUGUUCAUAUCUGUGUCUGCAAUGGCAAUUUCCUAAUGCAUGAAGCUAUGACAAAAGCUGCCAGAUAAAAGCGAUCUCCUCCAACCGUGUUGUCUACCAGAACUGUGUACCACAGGAUCAGAAAUAUGAACCCUAGUACAUUACUUCACUUGUGUUAUGAAGCCAAGUCUAACCUACCUUGAUAGCAGAUUCACAGGGUACGUAUUCUUAGAUUGCUGUGCUAGAAAAACGAAAUGCAAAGGGCCCAACAGACCCAUUAGCAAAGCAUUAGAAACUGGGGAUAGCUUUCACUCUGAGAGCUUAAACUGAGUCAUAAUGGAAAGUAAUCAAUAAAAGAAUCAUGGACUGUAGGAAAGAUGUUCUGUUAAUCUGCACAAGGAAGCAUACCAUCAAGUAUACAGGUAAAUCAAACUUCAUAUAGAAAUUAGUUUAUAUAAUAUAAUCAGUAGACUACUUCAUUCAAAUCAGUUCUAGUUCAAUAUGCUAUUAGCUAUUAAUUCAUUCAGCACUAAGUACCUUUACAGAAAGACUACCCUGGAUUAACUAAUUGCAUAAUUUCAGUGUCUACCCUUAAAAAGAAAUAAAUAUAGCCAUCUUAGAACAGUAUACUGCGUUAGCUUACUGGUCUGCUAUUUUGAGUGUAGUUAUUAACUUUCGUUUGCUCUGUACAUGUAGCAGGUUAUUCAGUUACAGCUGUCAGAAAUAGACAGUGUGCUUUGCUUGUAUUUUCUGGCCCUGUGGUACAUUCUAAGGUGUCUGCAGCACUCUCCUUUACCCAAGCCAAGAUUCUCAGCCGUGCAUUUUUUUUGGUUUGUCCUAAUUUUGCAUUUUGUUUCUUAGCCUGCAUGCUCGCCCUGUCACCCUGCCUGUGCCAACCUUACCAGGAAAGGGGUCGUUACAGACUCCACACGAUUUUUUUUUUUUUUUAAACUGUUGCCUGUACAUUUUUGUUACAUUUUAAUUUGUGAUUUAUUUUGCAUUAGCACCUGUAACCUUGAAUUUCAAAAGCACUCCCUUUUUUUUUAACCAUUUUAUUACCUAUUGAGGAAACGUGUUUCAGGGUUUCAUCUAUAGUAUGUGUAUUUAAUAUAUAUAAGAUAUAUACAUUGAGGAGAUAUUACCUUUUAAAAGAAAUAGUCCCUGCCAAACUCAUAACAGUGUUACAUACAUAUUUUUAUUACCUCAAAUUCUAAUUCCUCAUUAAUUUGGCGUGGAAAACAGAAUCUCCUUUUUAACCUAGUAAUGUUUAACUGCUGUGGCGCCAGUGUAUCUUUGUAAGCUCUUUAGCGAUUGCUGUUGCUUUACAGGAUAGUGUAAUUUUUUGAUGUCCAAGCGUCAUGUGUAAGGCAGAAUAGUAACAAAGUGAACUGGGCAAUUGAUUUCACUUGAUUAGCAACAAGCUUUAAUUGUUUUAUCAGAUGCUAGCAUAUUUUCCUAUGUGUGAGUUCAUGAGUAACUUGACAAUUUCUGCUGUUUUUUUUUUUUUUUUUUCAAUCACACUUUUUUAUGAAGACAGGAAAAAAAAUGUCGUAAUUCGUAGAAGGGGACAGUAUAUUAUUGUCGGCCCAAUGUAAGUCAAUGUCACUAUACGGGGGAGUCUACUGGUGUAAAAUGCCAUUUAAAUAGACCUAUCUCAGAAUGGUAUAUUCUUUUGCCUCCACUGGGUGGUGUAGUUGCACCGAAGUCUUUUUGUGGAAAAGCACACCUCCUGGUGUAAAAUGCAAGUUGUCCGAGCGAGUGUUGGCAUGUGAUGGUGAUUGUUUUUCUUAAAUAAUGUUCCACACCUUUACUCUGUUCCUCAACCAAAGCUGCACUGCCACUUAAAUCUGGGGCCAAGAUGAAGCUUUGUAGUUUAUUAAAAUAAAGUUACUGAUAGAUUAAGUUAAAUCGCUUACUGAUACAACAAACAACUUAGGUGUACUUCAGAGGUGGAAACAUUCUUGAUUAAUCAUAAAGCACUGUAUAGAUGGUCACUGAAAACCGCAUUGGCACCUUACAGAGUGGGAGAGUAAAAGUGACCUGUAUAUUUGUAUACAAGGUUUAAAAGUGAUAGAACUUCUAGUAGUUCAUCAGCUGUGAUCAGAUUCUUGUUCUCUGAUUCCUGUUUUUUGCAUUCACUAGCCUUGGCUUUAAGUUCUUCUGUAGAUGGUUCCUCUCUAAAACUAGUAAAAAACUUCAGACAGAAUAGACUAGAGGUUUCUUUUACCAGAAGGAGAUAUUUGAUCAGAUUAUAGGCAAGAAGUAGUGUGGAAUAAAACAAAACAAAACCUGUAAUAGCUGGAUGGAUGUGCCGGUAAUCCUGUUUAAAAAUGCAUGUGAGAUGAAGCUCUCAAAGUUUGCCUGAUACUAUGAAAAACAAAACAAAAAAUCCCACGAAAGAUGUAAAGUUAUAUUUUUAAAGAGUGUAACUGUUUUGUUUUGCUUAUGUCAGCCACAUGAUGUUUUAAUGUUUUUUGCACUUUUCUGUUGUUGUUUGUGUUUCAUUGGAAUGCUUGUGUGUCAAAAGCACUGAGAAUAUCCAUCAUAAUUUACAGGAUACUUUACAUGUGUUGUUUACUGUGCCAAUUAAAAGAUUUCCAGCAUUUGUUAUUUUACUAGUGCACGUAAAUGCCUACUUUAUGAUAGGGGAGGUUGAGGAGAAAGGCUGGGAAGGUCUGCACUGUUCAGCCUCCUAAAUAUCAAGCAGUCCGUUUUGGUCUGGUAAAUAAUAAAUUAGUAAGAACUUUUAGUAUCUUACCGGUGGUGUCAGUUCUGGUGCCUUUGCCAAACUUGAGCAUAACAGAUCUGCCAUACUAUGGUUAAGAUGGAAGAAAUUUCUCAAAAACCUACAGCACCAUCAUGUGUGUUGUCCUCCUUUCAGCCCUUCUCCAUGAAACAGAAAUUCAUGCAAGUGUAUUUUCAAACGAAUUGCUCUAUGUGCCCUCUGCUGAGAUUACUGCAAUGUCUAGAUAACCUAGUGGUUACUUACUGCAAGUACAGGAAGUAGUCAAACAUGGAAAGGUAAAAAGUAUCAUUGAGCUAGCCAAGUACAUUGCAAAACUACUUCAUUUAGCUUCUUGGUUUCACCUCCCUAUAAGAUUUGUUGUGAAUAAAUCACAACAAUGAGGACUGUUCUAAAAUGAUUCCAGCAUAGGAAAUCGAAAUAUUCUAGGAAAAGGAGAAUAGUACAAGUUCCAUUGAAUUCCCUUUCUAAACCUUUUUUUUUUUUUUACUUUUGAAAAUACACCAGCAUGUUAUUCUACAAGAACACAGCAACAUAACUACAGUUCAAAUGUAGUUAAUUAAUUAGCAGUUCAAUGAGUACAAAAUAACUAAGCAUGUAGUUACAGUUCCACUGCACUAAAACUAAUAGCUAAGGUUGAACUGCACUAGUUGCUGAUUAUAUUACAGCCACUUUGAAAGAUGUGUGCUCUGAAUGUGUGUAUUUAACUUUUACCACUGUGUACAGUACACCUUGACUUGUAAUGUAUCUUUCACCUAUAGUGUAAGUAAAACCUUGUACUAUCAAACAGUACAGUAGGUGUCAUUAUUGUGAUAUAUAUAUAUAUAUAUAUAUAUAUAUAUUCCUAUUGUAUAAUACACUCACUGCAUGAAUUUCUGUAUCAUAGAGGAGUCUUGAUUUAAAAAAACAAAAUGUUCACAUUGCCUCGCUCUGUUCUUUACUCUUCUAAAUUCUGCCAUCACAAACGCAGACGCCUGGUUAUUCAAAUGUUAUAGUUCCCUCUGCUUUUCAUACAUUGCAUUGUUAAUGACUGCAUUUAUUUGCAAACAAAAUAAAAUAUAUAAAAAUAUA